GCGGUUCCUUUAACCAUAUAAUAGUUUAGAACUUUGAGAAGUAUGGGCAACUAAUGAGCAUUUUUUUCUUGAUUCAAGAAAAAGUAAAAAAAAAAAAACAAUUGGCUUAAAAUGCAAGCAAACAUAUCAGCAGUGUGCCCAUCAGCAUUUGCUGGAACAAGUGGUGGUUUAUUUCUUAAUGCCAUCACUACACUGAUAACCGCUCAUUGCUCGAUUUUCAAUGACUACCGCUGGCCACCAGACAAUUCUAUGAAAAUUCUGGAAAACUCAGAAGCUUCCUACGAUUAUAUUGUAAUAGGCGCAGGAUCUGCAGGAUCUUUAGUGGCUAGUCAACUUUCAAAAGCAAAAAUUGGUUCUGUCUUACUUAUAGAAGCAGGGGAUGACCCUGGAAUCGACAGUGAGAUACCAGCAUUUUUGUUUCUAAAUCACAACUCAGACAUCGAUUGGUACUACAAAACAUUGUCCAGUAAAAAUAGUUGCUUAGGCUUCGUAAAUGAGAGCUGUAUUUGGAGUAAAGGUCGCGGUAUGGGCGGAUCUAGCUCCAUUAAUGCCAUGAUUUAUGUUAGAGGCCAUCCAAAAGAUUUUGAAGAAUGGGAAGACUUAAAUCCAGAAUGGGGCUAUGAGAACUUGUUAAAAUAUUUCGAGAAACAAGAGCAUUUAUUCGAUUUAUCUUCUGUGGAAGCUGAAAGCUAUAAAAAUCAUUGGUACGAUGUCCUCGAUAACGCGUGGAAGGAGUUAGGGUAUAAGUCUUAUAAUUACGAGGGCGAUGAAUGUUUAAUAGGUACUAAAAAAGCAAAAUUAGUUACGAGACACGGUAAACGUUUAAACACAGCUAAAGUGUUUUUAGUUGAUAAGAAGCAACUGCACAUUAUGAAAAAUACAUUGGCCAACAAAAUAAUUAUAGACAAGAGGAAUCAGCGAGCAAUUGGUGUCGAAAUAAAACACAAAAAUGGAGAUGUUAUGAAUAUAAUGGCUAAUAAAGAGAUAAUUGUUGCUGCAGGAUCCAUUGCGUCACCACAGAUUCUUAUGCAGUCUGGAAUCGGGCCAAAAUAUCAUCUAGACGCAUUGGGCAUUCAAAAUAUCAUUGAUCUACCUGUCGGUGAAAAUCUACAGGAUCAUUUGCUGCUUCCAUUGUUUCUAAAAACAAAUUUAAAUGUUGAAUUACCUAUGGAAGUGGUUACGUCAUUAUUGAUUCAAUACAUGCUUACAAAAACCGGUCCCUUUUCAAAAAUUGGCAUUACAGAUUUCACCGGUUUCAUAGACACAAGAAACGCAUCAGAUUAUCCCGAUAUUCAGUUUCAUCAUACAUAUUUUACCAAAAAAGAUGUAUUUACAUUAAAACCCUAUUUAGAAGGCAUCAGUUAUAAAAGAGAAAUCAUUGAAGCGAUCGAGGCAUUGAACGCUGAGCACGAUCUAAUCGGUAUUUAUCCUACAUUAUUACAUCCGAAGUCUAGAGGUCGAAUUUUGUUAUCUAAAACACUACCUAGAGUGCCUUUAAUUGAUACCAAUUAUCUCGAUCAUGCAGACGAUAUGUUUUCUUUUUUAAAGGCUAUUGAGUUUGUACACAAACUGGAGAAAACUGAAUCAUUCAAGGCUUUUGGAUUAGAAAUUAUGCAUGUAGAAAUACCAUAUUGUGCAAAGUAUUCAUUCGAUAGUGAAGAUUAUUGGAAAUGUUAUGUAAGACAUAUGGCAACUACAAUUUAUCAUCCAGUUGGAACCACUAAAAUGGGACCAAAACAGAACAAAACAACAGUUGUUAACCAAAAUCUAUUAGUGCAUGGUAUGAAAAACCUCAGAGUUAUCGAUGCAAGCAUUAUGCCUACUAUACCGGGAGGAAAUACUAUGGCAUCCACUCUGGUAGUAGCUCAAAAAGGUGUCGAUUUAAUUAUAAAUCAAAACACACAUAGAGACGAGCUAUAAUUUAGAAAAUAUUCACUUUUAUCUUACUAGCGAUAAUUUAAAUAAAGCAAACUGCGUUUUUACGACUACGCAAAAAUAAUUUGUAUGAUACGUGAACAUGAAUUUUCGGUAAUUUACAAACGGUUAUUGAGCAAUUAAAAAACGUUAUUUCUAACAAUAAUAUUGUAAGCCUAUAUUUAUAUAUUCAAGAUUGAAUAUAUCAGAAUGUAUUCCAUGCUUGCAGCAUUGGCCUUGUGGAAUUUCGUUAGACGACACUGUGAAGAAAUUCCUUGACUUGCGUUUACGAGACGUGAUAUUAAGUAACACUUUCAAAGCAUAUAUUUUUACUAUU